GCCCUAAACCUAUAAACAAAGAGGGCAGGAAACCCGAACUGAAACACAUCAAACACUUCUACCCGAAUAAAACUCCCUUUAUUUAUUCGGAUCCCCAAACUCUUUACUCUUUUCCCCCAAAUUUCAACCUUAAUUUUACUCACUCUCAUAACAUUAUUAAAAACUAAAAAAAAAGAAGAAAAAGGGGGAAUUAGGGUUAGGGUUUUAUCAUAAAAACACACACAUAUAUAAUUAUGUAUGCAGAUCGUGUGGAUACGAAUUCUAUUAAAGACCGUCUUAACGGCGGAGUAGAUUCUUCCGGCCGCCGUCGACAACUCACCGGAAAAAGGCAAAGGCAAGGUGAUGACAAAUGGGAACACGAUCUUUAUGAAAAACCUGAUCCACAAGUAUCAAAUCGCAGAGUUGGUGCCCGUGAUCUACGUUUGAAACUCCAGAAGAAGAGUAUUGGAUCUUUGUCAGGAGGUGUAAGAGAUCUCCGUGAAAAGCUAUCCGGUAUAUCCCAUUCGCAGCCAGAAGUAUCUGCUCCAGCAAAGCCAAAGCCAGUAGCAGAGAACAGUAAACCUGCUAGGAGAAGUGCUGUAGCUGAACCUCAUGUAGUAGAGACUAAAAAAGUUAAUAGCACUGUUUCUAAGAAAAGAAAGACUGAAACAGUGGACAGUUUCUUACAGGCACUGGGUCUUGAGAAGUAUUCGAUUACAUUUCAAGCAGAGGAAGUUGAUAUGACUGCACUUCUACACAUGACUGAUGAUGAUCUGAAGGCUAUAGGAAUCCCAAUGGGUCCGAGAAAGAAGAUUCUUUUGGCAUUGGAAUCGAAGGUGUGAGCUGCAUAAACAAGCAUGUUCACAUUUUGAACUGGAGUUAAUCCAGCAGCUGUAUCCAAGCAUCGACCCAUCAAAGGUACCUGAAUGUGGAUUAUCCUUAAUUUCCCCCGCUCAAAUUACAACUAAGCCAAUUGAAGUGUCUGAUCUCGAGCCUGUCUUAGAGAAUAUUGGAUUAAAAAUUUUCUUCCAUCUGCCACUUUUCCUGUUUCAAAUGUUUGGAAAAGUUAAACAGAUAGCUUAUUAUGUAUGGGUCUUUCAAAUUAAUAUUGUGUUGAUAUUACUAUGUAGUAGGUUUUCCUAUGAGAUGAUAUGCGCUAACUAGUGUUUUUUGUCA